AAAUAAGAGGGGUGCGCCGCGCGGAGGGCCUUACAGACAGAUCCUAGACUCAGCCGGGAGAGGAGAGCUAUACUCUAUAUACAACUAUACCGAGCGUAAAGGAGAGAUGACAACCAGCGCCAUGGCGCACAACUUGGGGAGACACUCAAGUGCCAAGGAGGAGAGAAAGGUAUUGCCUUUGUCCCCGUGGAUAGAUAAACCUAAACAUCAACAUGUGUCUUUCUUCGGAUUUGCUCACGCUUAGUGAAAAUCUGGUCCAGUUUGUGUCUGUAUCUGGUCGCCAUUAACCCAUCACUUUCCAUCUCUAGCUGCGGAAGCCGCUCAUUGAGAGGAAAAGACGAGAGAGGAUUAAUAACUGCUUGGAUCAGCUGAAAGAAACUGUGGUCGGGGCGUUCAGUCUUGAUGUGAGUAGGCCUAUAUAUAUGCACACUGUAUUUUAAUUGUUAUAAAUGCUCAAUUAUAUGGAGUGUGAAAGACACAAUGUAAGUUAUUUCUUGACACUAACUUUCCAUUUCCCCCCACAGCAAUCGAAACUUGAAAAGGCGGACAUUCUAGAGAUGACAGUGAAACACCUGCAGAAUGUUCAGACUCAUAAAUCCAGUGGUAAGUGUCGAAUAAAGUGACUUGACUGAAGAUACAAGUGCCAGAAUAGUUUUUAGUUGUGCCUGCAUGUAAUACUCUAUGUACGCAGCUGGGGGCGGUGUCGGCACAUUGGAAAGUUAGACAUAUUGUUAUGGAGAUUGGUGGGAGUAUUUUCAUCAGUGAUUAAAUAACAGUCUUAUGUUGUCUAAUAAGAAUCAUCAUUUGUGAGUAUUAGUACUCAUAUAGUUGUACUAUUUAAUUGGGUUAUUUCUCCAUAUUCUCUCUUGGUUUCAAUUUAAAACAAUUGAUUAGUCAAGUGUUUCUUAAUCCUUGUCCUGGGCACUCAAAGGGGUGCACAUUUUAGUUUUUGCCCCAGCACUACACACAUGAUUCCACUAAUCAACUCAUCAUUUAAACCUUUGAUUACUGGAAUCAGGUGUGUAGUGUUAAGGCAAAAACUAAAAUAUGCACCCCUUUCAGGAUUAAGAAACACUGCAAUGCAUUAUACUAAUUUAUUUGGGGGAAUAGGCCAGUCUGGGUGCAAUACAUCCUGCCACCAACAGAUUGCGCUAUGACCCAUGUUUGACCCAGUGUCUCCUUCCCUCCACAGCAGACCCCACCUUUGGCUUGGAGGCACAGCAGAAGUACAGCACGGGCUACAUCCAGUGCAUGCACGAAGUACACAACAUGCUGCUCAACUGUGAGUGGAUGGACAAAACGCUGGGCUCCCGCCUGCUCAACCACCUGCUCAAAUCCCUGCCCCGCUCCAGCAUUGAGCACCCCUCUCAGGCCAACCCCAACCUCAGGCCCAACGCCCCCCCACCCAGCCAGGGGCCAGGAGCCCCCACUACACCCCUCAGAGGGGACCCCAGGUCUGGGAGGCAGGGCCAGAGGGAGGGGCCCCUGUGCCAUGUGGUGGGGCCCCAGGAAAAGCCCCUGCUCCUGCCCGGGAGCCCCCACCUUCUCAGCCCCCACCUGAGCAUGCUGGAGAUGUGGAGGCCGUGGUAA